GAAACUGUCGCACGGAGACGAGCGGCCGCACGAAAUUCCGCAAUUAUUCGCUUGCAACGCGAAACACGUUUCCACGCGGGACACGUACGUUUCUCCGGCUUUACACCUGAAAUUUAACGUUGCGCGACUUUUAACCGAUUCUCGGCUCGUAACUCUCGGCGAGGAGCGAUUCCCUCGGAACGUGAAAAGUGAAACGGAGUCUCGGUCACUGCUAUGCCCUUUAUCGAACUUCAAUGCUCCGUGCAUCUUUCAGACAUUAACGCGCCGGGUUGACGCUCCGCGUUCCGAUAACGUAAUCCUGUCACCGGCGCACGUUUGCGUAAGCAAUGCACCGCCGCUAAUCGUUUCCCUCGGUAACUCGAGUUCGAACUAUCAAAUGAUGCGUGACCCCGAACGCGUGCGUCUGUGGAUAUGACGGGCGCCCGACACACUUAAUUCGAGCCGCAGUUUCAUCGAUUGUUACAACGACAUUUAUCGUAUACAAUUAAUUGUUAAUUGUUACAACUGUGCGAUUAGAUGUAUCUGAGAAAACAAAUUCGAAUUUUCCGGGGAACAUGAUUUUUUGGAAAGACGAGGGCCCCGGCGACAAGAUUCUCGAGCCCUCUUACACAAUUUUAAUUAAUUCUCAUUCGUUUCCGCAGCUCGUCUCAAGGAAUUGUCUGGCACACACGCGACUGUACGAUACUUUCCAGCCUGUGUCCUUUGUGCAGCAGAGCACAUUUUCGGCCGCACCCUGGCAGAAAGCAAGCGAGAGACAUUGAGAAGACAUGUAUAUCUCCGGCGAACGACGGAGACGACGAGAGAAGGCAAAGAAAAGGAAAAAACGCUUGAAUGGUCUGGAGGCAGGUAUCCUCACCCUUGAAACGGUUUAACGAAGGAACAGUGGCCUCGGUCGCGAGCUCUAAGGCCGACAGAAGGACCACAAGCUAGGCAAUGGCCAAGAAACGUCGAAUGUAACCUCAGAGGCGGCUUACAGUGUCGUGAGCUCACUCUGCACAGUCGCCGGCUAUAUAAGUAACACUGUAACGGAUCUUGAAUUCAGUUAGACACGCACAACAGCAAUAACUAGAUCCUUUCGAGCCGGGUGGUUCGUCGAGUGCCGAGUCCGUUGAGUCGAGUGCCGAGGGACGACGGGUUACGGGUGACCCAGGAUCGAACAACGAAGAUCCGGGAUCCAGACGGGAAUUUUCCGGUUCCGGGAGUCACGGACAGCAUCCGCGGGGCAACAAGCAUCUGAUUCUUCGGCAUUAGGAACGAUCCAAAGGGGCCAACUGUCGCAUCGUAUAGUGCUUUGGAGGUGAAAUUUCGCAGGAUGAACGCGAUCAUAGCGAUCGUCGUUCUCGCGGGAAUCUGCGCGGCCGCUCCUCAGUUUUACUUCCCUUCCGGGGUCGUGUAUCCGCAUCCUGCCAAUCUGUUGACUUCGGCGAUAGAAGACACACUGCCUAACGAGCUGCGAAACGACUUCUACAAGAAUCCCAGAAUCGCGGCGAAACUCGCCCAAGAAUCCUGGUUCCUCAACAAAGAGAUGCAGGUGAUCGAUCGCGAGACGGACAAAAUUCCACGCGACAAGAUCUACAAUGUCCUGCACAACGCCGGUUUCCUGCGGAAAUGAUGUUACAAGAAUUAUACAACAACGAAAACUAGAAGAACGAAAAAUUAAUUUAUUUAGCAUUCCUUGUGUCCAUCGCUGCGCUUAUAAAAAUAUUUAUGUCCAUACACGAAACUAGAAGUAUUAAACAACUAUUCGAAGAAUUUCGCGUUGUAUGUUCUUAACAAUUUCGCCACUGAAUAGAAAUUGAUUGAUAGUCUUCGGUAUUAUCGCGCUACAGCAAGGGAAACCUCGAGAUCUUCUUUCAAGUAAACAUAACAAUUCUGUAAGAAACUACUUCUCUAAAUAAAUACUUGGUUGUGAGUCAUCUAAA